CUUUUUGCCACAGCGAUUCUAGCUUAUAGUGCAGAAUUGCGUCAACAACAGAGAUUACUUCAAAACAAUGCGAGGAUAGUCAAUACAGCUAAGGCUGGUGUAUCUAUGGGUCUGGCUACGGCCUCUUUGUGAAAGCAAUUGGUAACGUAAAAAAUGAAGACAUUGUAAAGAACGAAUACAGGAGCUUUUUUUUGAAGAGACAGCAACCAAGCACUUCAUUCGUUUCUUAAAGUUGUAGCUUUUUAAGCACAGCCGUCCGGAAGAAGGCGAGACGCCGCUUCGCUUUUCUGUGGACGCUCGUGAUAGAUCCGCAAUUCAUCGGCGUGGACCGGUUACGACAUCGUUUCUCACGGGUUCUGACGUGGAAUGACUCUAAACUCCAGUUCCAGUAGUACGCCCGUUUUCGUGUUGUUCCUGGGUAUAUUACGAUCACUCUCCGAGAGCAGCACGUCUUCAAAAAUCGCCACGUCGAAUUCGAAAGAUUGAAAAUAACGAGAAAUGCCUUCACCGCACAAAAUACGGGCUCAAACCGCGACUCCUGGGAGAGUGUGAUGAAGAAGACCAAAACCACGCAACCCUUGGUAGCUGCGGUAGUUGUAGUUGUAGAACUAGAACAGCGAUACUUCUAAAUAAAGAAGUGCAAAAAUACUAGUGCCCAUCUACUGUUUUGCGGUAUGUUGAAGCCGUGGAAGUCGUCUCAAAAACACAGCGCGCAUUAGGAAGGGAACCGACCGCCGUCGAAUAGUCGUGGCAGCUUCGUGAACGUGAAAGAUGACAGUGGAGGCACAGGGCACUCGCUCUGCUUGAGGACCGAUAUUUAUUGAGAAAGAAAAGCAUCAAGAGCCGCAGGCGCAGCAUACAACCACUCUUGACAUUGCAGCUGUCACACACGAACUAGUGUCGCUAUUCUUAGCGUCCUCAUCUUCUUCUUGACCCUCACCACUAGCGCUUCACCAAAAUGGCGAUCACGUCACUCGCGGAGAGGAAGGCCUUCGCGGCCAUGGUCGGCACGACUGAUAAAGUCGGUCCUGGCAGCUAUGGCGGGCACCAGUCUUACGAUUUUUUGCAGACUUGUGCACCGUUUACUUCUACUUCAGCACGUAUGCCUGACCCAGCUCGAAUGGCUGCACCAGAUCCAACUGCAUACAGUCCCGCAAAGCCGAAUAAGAAAAAACAGUUUCCAGGGUUGGCCGUCCCAUUUGCGACUAGUCAAGCAAGAUUACAGACCCGAAGAAGGUCACUUGGGAGAGGGCCUGCGAGUUACGAUGUCGGGAGCGCAGUGGAGGCAGAGUAUUCUUGCUGACUGAUUUGAAACUUACUUUAUUGAUGAGGUGUUAUUCAUUCACUCAUUCAUCAUGAUGAGGUAUCGCACUUAGUUUCUUCAAGAUCAACUUACCUCAGAUAAUAGCGUGCCUUUGUCGUGGUGCUCAUUGUCGAACCCGGCGCCAAUACUGUCGCAGGUUGAGACCUACUGCUACCGUCUUUAGCUUUGUCCUACUUAUCGAUUUAGUACAACUCGCUCACCCCACUACGACUUUCUUCAGCGAUAUUGCGGACAGCAAGACGAUGGGCCGCCCAAAAGAAAACCGAAAAAUGGAGUUUAUCAAAAAAUCGAGAUAUACGCGGCCUUCGAUACCAAAGCCAAAUCAAGCGUACUUCAUUUGGAAAACAACCGCUUAAGUCAAGACUCACCUAAGUAAAUUUUUUGUAUCAGGAAAAUAAGCACAAGUCUACGUAGCCAACGUAGAAAAGAAAAUUAUAGGAUUAUGGAAAUACAAAACAGGUUUGGCUACGGCGAAGGCCCAGGCGGCGUUUUGGUGAAACAAGAUCCCCCAAUGGCUGUAAGUGGAGGCGAUGGCGCGGAUAGAAUAGGGCCAGACCACUACAGCCUGACUGACGGCAUUACGAGAGCAGGGCCGAAGACGUACUUGACUAUAUCUGUCAGAUGUUUUUUGAAGAAGGCAAAUGAAGGAACCUUCAAGUUCAACACAGGUGGGUCAUCAACACAAGGCAACUGCUUACAAUACUAAAGUUGGCUGAAGCUGAAGAGAGCGAAGUGCGGCUACAACUACAUCUGAAUGUAUCAUGAAAUGUCGAAAGCUGCUUGUUCUUCUCUUUUUUCUGCGAGUCUCUACCUCAUUUUUACCACAUGAUUCUGUUCAGCGUGCCUGGCGGUAAAUUUCCCGGAGGAAUACGGAAGGGGCUCGCCAGUAUCAAGGAUAUACCAGGUCCUGGACACUAUCAGAACACAACGAGUAUGAAGAGAAAGCAUGUCACGCCGGGUUCUAGUUUCAAGUCCCAGACGAUGAGAGGUACCACCACGCACUUGCAAGUAGAAUAAGUAGCCUUCUUGUUAUCGUAGAAGUAGCUGGGCAUUCUCGUCAACAGGAACAUUUUUCUCUUAAUCUUCGUUAGGGGUGCGCAUCGGUGAUGCGGAAGAGGAGCCGGGGCCGGGUCAGUAUACGUCAGAGUCCUCGAGCUCUGGAAUGGCGCCGUCAAAAAAAGCAUUUUCGCGUGGCGACUAUCAAUUUUUUGGAAGCACGGUAUCCAACAUCGUGUUUCUUCUUGCAGGAGCAUAUUUGAUACCAAGAUAACCAAGCAAAAGAAUAUGGUGCUCGCACGCUUCGGAAUCAGAUUCACUCUUCCUCUUGAAGAUUAUGAAUGCUACAGAGAAUAUUUUCGACAACCUUCUAGAUAUCUAUAAGCCAUAUGAUCCCUUCUCUGCAAACACUCACAACCUCGUCCUUUCCUUAUUCCGUACUACUCUACUGAAGGCAAGACGGUUCCCGCAGCGAAGUAAAGAAGUGAAACCUGGACCCGGCGCUUAUACUGAUUUUCCGAAUACAAUAGCAACGUCUGCUCAGACGGUUUCGAAUUUCGCUCGCGACGGCGCCAGGUGGAAAGAAGGGGGUCUGUUCGAGACCAAACCUGGACCUGGGACGUACAACGCGUCAAAUACCGACGGUUUUUUCGGUUGGCAGAACCAAGACUCGCUUGCCAUGGAUAAUCAGAGCGCGAUAACAAGGUCGUUUAGUCUAAUGUCGAAUCAGGGCACCUUCGCCUUUGGCACUACAGCGCGCAGGUUCAAGCACAGGGAACCCGCAAAGUCUGCGGAAGAGUUAGCCAUUCCUAAGACACAGGACGCACCGAAUAGCUCAGUGGACGAGUACUUACUACUACCUUGUUUCAGCUUAUUAGAAAAGAUGAAGGCUGUGUUGAUGAUGUACAUAGAGGUGUAGUGAUCAUUUCACUCCCGCCCAUUAUAGUUUUCGACCUGCUCACGAAGACUCCUCCUCCACAUCUAGAAGAAGAAGUGCCAUCUUGAUUAUAUCAACAAGAAAUUGUGAUCCGAUUUCUUCAACAUGAUUCCACAAAAGGAGUGGCGAGGUAAGGCCAGGGCCUGGCGCCUACAUCUUGCCUAGUAGUUUUAAGACGGACGACAAAACGUCUGCUGCCUUCCAAAAGCCACUUCGGAAAUCAGACAAGUUCGCAACAAGCGAGACGAAACCACCACCAGGGACUUACAGGUAAUUAAUGUUGCAGCACCUUCUUGCAACACUGUGACUGGUGCUUGUGCUGGUCAUUCUUUUUCUGAUUUACUGAGGAUACUCGACAGGUCGUGGUGAGACGACUGUGUAUGUAUGUAGCACUUUGCAGUUCACCAACAUUCCCGUACAAUAGAGCCACAGGCCGUGGUGAGAUGAGUGGAUCUAAUCUCAUGACUCCUGCACUUUCCCCUGCAGCGUAUGCUUUUAGAUACCAUGACCACACUCACAUCAGUCCUCGACUUCCGAAUCAAGUCGGCCGUGUGGCCCGUGUACCACCAAGAAGUGAGGGCUUUCUCGGUAGCACAAGACGGUUUCAUGAGCUGCCGACCGACCAGAAACCUGGCCCAGGAACUUACAAACAGCAGAAAAAGCCACCGAAGGAGCUUAAAGCCGGGUUCUCGUGCAGCAUAGAUCGAUUUGCUGGGGUAGGUCGGGGUAUCGGCCCCGGCCCGGGUGCCUACCGGAGAGAAAUCGAGUGGGGCGGAAAGAGUUACAACAUCUUGUUUUCAAGAGAAGUUUGAUCAGCAUUAUCAUAAACUACCAGCACCACUUGAUGUCCCCGUCCCGUUGUACUCGGCCACUUUGAUAUCGCUAGAACGAGAGGAUCUUCAAUUUCCAUCUUGAUUCAUCAUAUAGUAAGCCAGACCCUGUCCUGUUAGGAGUACUAAACAAUAUGAAGCGCCAUCAUUCCCCAAGAUUUGAUGGUGUCAUUCAUUUCCCCGGUAAGUUGAUUGACAAUGUAGCAGUAGAACAACAGUAGGAAAGAUAAUACAUUACCGCGAAUGUUCGUUUAGGUUUAUCCGUGAAAGAAAAUCCUUUGCUUGAUUCAUCUCGUGUUAUCAGAUGAUACAAGAAACUUGGCACUGACUGAAAAUUCGACUCUCCCGACUCUCCUCCAUAAGGAACCUGAAUUUAUUCUGCUUUUUUGUUUGUAUGCGUUUUCAACUAUCGCCAUCUUCAUUGUCGAAGGUCUUCGUAGAGAUGAAGGCUUCAUCGACAUUUUUCAAGGCUCAUAACAUCUUCAUGCGCAGGAAGCAAAGAUUAAGGUAGUAGCUGCUUUGAUGUAGGUUGUACUGAGUUUCAAACCGCCUAUGAUCAUCAAGUUGAAAAUCAAGCAGACGAGGAAGGUAGUACAGAUGAAGAUGAACAUCAAGUGAAAUUAAAUAUCCAGAAGCAUUGGCUGAGGACCAUGCUUUUGCUGAACAAUCUUACGGACGAUCAAGGCAUCCGUCGAAACUGCUAGUCUACUGUUGCUCUUCUCGUCUGAGAUUUAUGUCCAUUUUUUAAAG